CGGCGGCAGUCCCCACGACACGGAGCUCAUCCGGAUCCGCCACCGCGCGCCGCCGCCGCAUCAGUACACGAUCGGCCGUCGCGCAGCGCAGUAGUCUUUCGCGUCGCGCACCGUCACAUAACAUAACAACAGUCCGUCGCACGUCACAACGCCGAUUUUUCCUACUCGCAACCAUGACUUUUACCGGCGUACUUCGGUGUUAUGUGGACUCGUUGGACGAACUGCAGCUGCAGACACUGGACGAGUGCAGCAACGACGAUUCGAGCUAUGACUCGGACUUUGGAGGCGACGACGACGCCAGCAGCGGCCCGCACUUUGGCGGUCAUCACGACGACGUCAGCCGUACCACGUCGGACACACUCGGUGCGGAGUACGCGGAUUACGUGAGUGCUGCCGCGUACAAGUCGAGAGUGGACUUUGCGCUCAAGCUCGGAUACACCGAACGUCUGGUGCAGACGGCGAUCGGCAAGUUGGGCCCCGAACCCACGCAGGACCAACUGUUAGCCGAACUGAUCAAGCUUGGCGCGCAAUGUGGUCACAGAUUGCACUGCGAGUCAGACGGCGAAGAAGCGCAGUCGAAUAACACCAACGACCCGCUGCUUAGUCCCCAAGUGCCCAAACUUCGGCACGUCGUUAUCGACGGUAGCAACGUCGCCAUGAGCCACGGAAACAAAGAGACGUUCUCUUGUCGAGGCAUCAAAAUCUGCGUCGAUUGGUUCCGGAUGAGGGGUCACACGGACAUUACAGUAUUUGUGCCGAAGUGGCGGAAAGAAGCUUCGAGGCCGGACAACAGGAGGAUCAUUGACCAAGAUAUCCUGACGGAAUUGGAGCGCGCCAGGAUGCUGGUUUUCACUCCUUCCAGAGAAAUCGGCGGCAAGCGCAUGGUGUGCUAAGACGAUCGGUACAUUCUGCGUUUGGCCUCAGAACUGGACGGCGUCGUCGUGUCGAACGACAACUACCGGGAUCUGGCCAACGAGAGUCCGGCGUUUCGUUCGGUCGUGCAAAACAACAUCCUCAUGUACUCUUUCGUCAACGACAGGUUCAUGCCACCGGACGAUCCACUGGGCCGUUCGGGUCCUACCCUCGACGUUUUCCUCCGGAGCAAAGCGCCGGGCGUCGGUCUGACCGCCGUCAGUACGGAGACGUGUCCGUACGGCAAAAAGUGCACCUACGGCAACAAGUGCAAGUUCAGUCACCCCGAGCGCGGUCUGCAGCCCGUCAAGUCCGUCACCGAGCGACUGAUGGAACACGCUCAGCGGCAGGGCUCGGCAGGUCGGCAGAUCAAGGGCAAGUCGGUUAGCCUGCCGCUGCAGCAGUCCGGCUGCAACAAUCUGCAGCAGAAGAAGCCACUGGCCCGUACCAUGUCCAACGUGCCGCCGACGACCACCCACCACAAUCACUCCAACCAUCCGCACUGGGUGGGUGGCGGGGCGUGGACGACGACACCGCCGUCUCCGAGCUCCAACAACUACAGGGGUAAGUCCGCCGAGUCGUCCGAGCCCGAGGACUGCAGCAACUUGCACCACAAGCUGCAGCGGCAGCUCACGCUCAACCCGACCUACGACCCGCGGCUGGUCCAUCUGCGGCAGAGCCAGCACUGCAACGUGACGAGGAUAGCGUCCGCGCCGCCCGUGCCCAUGCCGCGGCCGCAGCCGUCGAUGACCUUGCCGCCGCGCACGCUGGUGGCCGCCAGCUGUUCGGACCCGCAGAUAUUUCCCGGUUACCACGAGGCCAGGCAAAAGCUGUACUACCACCUGUCGUCGAUAUUCCCCGAGGAACAGGUGUCGGCGGCCAUGCAGUACUACCCGAACGAGACCAACCCCCAGAAGAUCUGUGCGGCCAUAUUGAACAUGUUCUCGAAGACGUGAUGUGUGUGUGUGCUCCGCUCUGGGCGCGUCCACCUUGUGCUGUGUGCACGUGACCGUUCACAAGUGAUUUUGUCUGACAAUAUAAUAUUAAUAUUAGCUUAUCGACAAGACGGCGACACUCGAUACAAUGUAUCUGAUUAUUUGUGUUGAUUUAUUCUUAAAUCAUGUAUAAUAUUUGUGUAGACUAUUAAGUUAAUUUUGUAUAUGCUUAUUUUAAGUCGAUAUUUUUCUAUGUUUUUGUUAACCUGUGUCAAACGUACGACAAAUCGCGGUAUUAAUAAACAAUAAGAUUUUAAUUUUUUAUCA